CCUUUCGUAUCACUCUUUCUCGUUACUCCCUCCCUGAUCUCCAUUUUUGGGUAUCGAUCACAUCUCUCUUAUGGCUAAUUUUGUAUUCUUGUUUUCACUUAUUUUCAUUCUCACUGGAGCAUCAGUGAGCAAUGCUGGCUACGGACCACCUUCACCUGGCUUCUACCCAAGCACAAAGUUCAGGUCCCUGACUUUUAACAGAUGCUUCAAAACCCUCUGGGGUCCUAGCCACCAGUCCAUUAACAACAACGCUCUCGACAUCUGGCUCGACAGUUCCUCAGGAAGUGGGUUCAAGUCGACUAGACCCUUCCGAUCCGGUUACUUCGGAGCAUCCAUCAAACUGCAACCGGGUUACACUGCUGGAGUCAUAACAGCAUUCUAUCUUUCAAACAAUGAAGCACAUCCAGGGUUCCAUGAUGAGGUUGACAUAGAAUUCCUUGGAACAACAUUUGGGAAGCCAUACACAUUACAAACAAAUGUGUACAUAAGAGGAAGUGGUGAUGGCACUAUUAUUGGGAGAGAAAUGAAAUUUCAUUUAUGGUUUGACCCCACCCAAAAUUUUCACCACUAUGCUAUCUUAUGGAGCCCACGUGACAUAAUAUUUUUUGUGGACGACGUGCCCAUAAGAAGGUAUCCAAGAAAAAGCGCGACAACAUUUCCGCUAAGGCCAAUGUGGUUAUACGGAUCAAUAUGGGACGCUUCUUCUUGGGCCACGGAAGAUGGUAAAUACAAAGCCGACUACAGAUACCAACCCUUUGUUGGGAGGUUCACCAACUUUAGAGCAGGGGGUUGCUCAGCCUACUCAUCACCACGGUGCCGCCCUGUCACGGCUUCUCCAGGACGGUCCGGUGGUCUUAGCAAGAGGCAGUACAUGGCCAUGAAAUGGGUGCAAAGGAACCACAUGGUUUACCACUAUUGCAUGGACAGUAAAAGGGACCAUUCCUUGACACCAGAAUGCUGGAAUUAAUAAGUUUGAAACAUUUUACCCUACACAGUUGUGAUUUGUGGUCAGAUGGUUUUUGAGCCUUUUAACUUAAGGGCAUCUUUUUUUUUACCCUUAUUAUUCUAUACGUACGGAGUGUGAGAUGGGCCAGUGAAUGGUGGUUCAGCAUCCAAAGCCUUUUAGAAGAGCACAAAGAUGUUUAUGGUGUAUUUGUGCAAGGUUUUUGCUAGAGUUAU